CGAGUUCCGAGACUCAGGCGGGUAGCAUGUGAGGGGUGGGGAGUAAUGGACGAAUGGAAGCAGGAUUAUUAUUCAGCUCAGCAGCGAAACGCGGGAGGGACGCUGGAAAGAAGGAGACACUCGGAGACCCUCUGAGCAGUCGCUGGACAUUACUGAUUCUGUGCUCCGGAGCGAGAACAAUUCAAAGAUGAACAGCAUCUUGUUCAACAAGCUGAGCAGCCAGGUCCUGUUUGAGGAGAAGGCCAAAGAGGUGGAAAUGAGCAGCAGAAAUUACCAGGAAGUCAUUGAUGGAAAACACCCAGACCUGCUGUCCAGCAGCCCGAGCUUCAGAGACAAGCAGGAGAGGUGCAGCGGCGGUCGACCUGGUGGAGGCAAAGUGCGACACAAGCGCCAGGCCCUUCAGGACAUGGCGCGGCCCCUCAAACAGUGGCUCUACAAGCACAGAGACAACCCCUACCCCACCAAGACGGAGAAAAUCCUGCUGGCACUCAGCUCCCAGAUGACUCUGGUCCAGGUGUCCAACUGGUUUGCUAAUGCCAGGAGGCGACUGAAGAACACAGUGAGGCAGCCGGACCUGAGCUGGGCACUCAGGAUCAAACUCUACAACAAAUACAUUCAGGGCAAUGCAGAGAAGCUGAGUGUCAGCAGUGACGACGGCUGCUCUGAAGAUGGAGACAAUCCUCAGAGGACACAAGGUGGCCCUGAGGGGCUCAACAAACCCAUGUACCAGAGCGUCAUCAAAAAGGAGGGCUCUUCUAUGAUGAGCAUGACCAUAGGUAUGAGCCCGGGGCUGCGUUCUGCUGCCGAAGCCACCUCGUUCUCUGAGGACUACGUGUCUCCACCUAAGUACAAGAGCAGCCUGCUGCAUCGCUACCUGAACGACUCACUGCGGCACGUCAUGGUGGCCAACGCUGUGAUGGAUGCUCGCAGGAGGAAGCACUUCGGCUCCUUCAGCUCCAACGAGUACGAUGACGAGCUGCUGUCGCCAUCUUCCUCUGAAGCUGAGGCCAACUUUGUUUGUCGAGCUGACACAGUUUGAUCCAGUUCUAAUCGUGGCCAGACAGCAUCGAACCACAAAGGUCCAGAUAAGAACGAGACGCACUCGAAGGAGAUGAACGCUGCCAUGGCCUUGACCAACAUGGCGCAGGGGAAGGACGGCGCCUUGGGGACGACCAGCUGCAUCAUUCAGAAGUCCUCUCAUAUAGCUGAGGUCAAGACGGUUAAAGUGCAGCUGCUGCAGAAAUAUUAA